GAUGUUAAAGGUUGCGAGUAAUGUGUAACCAAGAAACCAGUUGGUUACAAAAUAUCAUAGCAAACAUGUUCGCACCGGUUACCAGUCACAAUCCGACAUACAAUAAGUAAUAGGUACCUAUGUACUAGGUAACCUAGCGUAUGAUCCAAUACGUUUCUUUAUGAUGUCUAGUUUUUGCAAAAUCGAUCCUCGAGUCAUACGUCAAUGAGACGUAAAGUAUGUAUGCGAUAGUGGCAGAGCGGCAAUGCCCCAACACCGGGAUUCCAUAUUUGUCAUGUAGGUAUGUACUGGUGAUGACAACUGAAUGACUAUAUUGAUUGUAAUCCUAAAUAUUAUCUUUUCGAAUAGACACCCUUACUUUAAUAGAGUAUUAUAAUCAAAUCGUGAGUAUUCAAGGUCGUCCUUUUUUCUUUUCUUUUCUUUUUUUUUAAAAAACAAUCAAAGCCUGCAAAAAGAUGAAUCUACAGGAUCAAUUACAUUGGGUGCAACAUCAACGGCUAGAGGUCACCUCGCCGUCGAUUGAAGCGGCCGAGAGGAUGGCUGCACGGCAACAACAUCCACAAGUUACAGGUCAACCGUUACGUCAACUUACAGGCGCCCAGGCCCAGGUUCAGCCUCGGUUUAAACAAUAUCGCUAUCGAGGGCCUGAGGAGUUGAAACAGAAUAAAGCUAAAGAACUGACGAGAGACGAGAGAUUCGAAAUUCGGGUCGUAAAAAAGUAUUUCCCUGAAUUGAGUUAUAUCGACAUAGCACUCAAAACGGGCUUUACGAGAGCCCAGGUCCAGACGGCCCUUACGGGUCCCCUUACGCCCAAAAAGAAAGGCAUCGGUGGCUAUAAAGACCUUUCUUCUCACGAGUUGGAGGCCCUAUUAAAAUUCUUAAACGCCGACCAAUCACACCGGGAGAUACCCUGGGGAGACCUCAGAUUCGUGGUCCCCGAGAUCUCUCAGUACGGCCCCAUCGUGAUAAGCCGUACUUUGAAAGGCCUGGGCUUUGAAAGGCCUAACCCGACACAGCAAAAGCGACUGUAGAAGAGAUGGAUAGGCUCGAAAUCUUUGCUAUUGAGCGGCCUCCCAAUAGCCCUGAUUUAAACGCUAUUGAAAACGUAUGGGCCUGGAUGAAAGACUGGCUGGAUAUUCAUUCAUUAUCAUGUGGAAUCGUUGAAUUCGCAGGAGCUCAAUGAGGCUAUUUAAAGGGCCUGGGAGGUCGUGCCUGAGGAUUUCUUCAAAACAUUGUCUUACUCGAUGUAUAACAGUAAAAUCGUAUAUGCUACCAGGUGGUAGACAGCAAAAAUGUUGAAUCUAUUCCCACGAUUCCCACGA